AGAUCGAAUACAAUGCAGUGGAAAUACAGGUUAUGUCAGAACCAUAAGUGAUUAAUAGAACUAAUAAAUAAAAAGAAAAAACAUUAAGUUUUAUUAUCAAAAGUCGAAGUUGCCACCAUUUUCUGCAACGUCCUUUGAUUGGAAAUACAGAAAUAUUUUAGACAAUUCAACUUGUAGAGAAGGAGACUUAUCAUGCGAUUGGUUGAUAACGUCCACCACGUGGACUGCAAAUAUGCCAAAAGUAACGAGAUUGUAUUUAACUUUAUCUAAUUAUUAUGUAUUAGUAACGAACAAUAAAAAAAACACAAUUGAAAUCGUUCCCCCAAUGUACACGAAUUUUAUGUUGGUAACAUAAUAUGUUAUCUGGUAAAAUAACUUUAAUACGUUCGACACUGACGUUGUUUAUAUAAAUAUCAAUCGACAUAAAAUAUUGAUCUGAUCAAUGUCCCAACGCUCUAAAGUUGUUAAUUUGUACAAGACGCUCUUGUACAUGGGUCGAGACUAUCCAGGAGGUUAUGACUUUUUCAGACGUAAUUUGAAGAAAGCUUUCGAAAAGAAUAAAGAAGAACGUGAUCCUGAGAAGAUUGAUCAAAUGUUGGCUCGUGGAUCUAUAAUCAUGGCAGUUUGCGUUGCUGUAAUCGGUAAAGAUAAUUCUCCAAAAUAUAUUAAAUGUGCAGAUGAAUCCAUGGCAUUACAAUUUCAUUGCAAGGUCCACACAUCAAUAGAUAUUAUAGAAGAGAAGUUGAAUGUUGGAAAUAAAACAGCAAUUGAUAUACGUGAUUUGUAUUUAGGGUUGUUAUAUGCUACAGAAGAAUAUAAAAUAUAUGGGUAUGCCACAAAUACAAAAAUCAAGUUUAUUAUAGUACUGCAAUCAUCAAAUCUAUCAAUGAGAGACAAUGAUGUGAAAAUGACCUUUAAGAGAUUGCACGCUGCAUAUUCUAAUGCUGUGUGUAAUCCAUUCUACAUUCCAGGUGAUCAAUUAAAUUCCAAGUCUUUUGACUUAUCUGUAAUGGAUAUAAUGGGUAUUGUAUAGUUUUCUUACCAAUGAUGGUGUAAUGGAGAAAAUUCUGUAAAAAUACUCUCAAAUAUAUCACUUGUUUUAAAGGUGAUAUUAUUAGACAAUUUAAAUUUCUUGAUUGAAUACAUUCGGAAAUUUCUAUUGAUUUGUAUGUCCUUAUUUCUACAUCCUUUUUAAGAAAAAAAUUCCUUUUACGAAAUUUUCGUAUUUAUCUCUCGAGUUAGUACCAGAUGAAAAAAUUUCAUUACUGAUCUUUCAUUGUUUUCUUUUAGAUACUAAAAUUUGAGCCCCUUUCUGUGAUUCACAUAAUCUGCCUUCAUAAACUUCGUUACUUUUCUUCUCAUUCUUCUCUUUUCAGUAUAAUGAUCUAUGGUUCCAAUUCAAAGUGAUACUGAUAAUUCGAUCGAUAUCAUUCUUUUGAUUAACAACGCACCAUUAUUUCCAAUACGAAGAAGGAACUUAAUAAAGAAAAUUGAGUUCUUAUCAAUGUUGUUACUCCACUUGAAAUUGCUUCAUUUAUCAGUCAAAAGUUAUCGAUAUCGGUUUUAACAGUAACUCUAUUGAAUUGCGUAACGUACGCAUAUUGCAAAAAAAAUGUCGAUCUUUUAUUAACCCUUUGCGGUACUUAAAAAUAAAAAAAUAAAUAAAUCCUAUAUUGACAUUUUUUGUUUUCUUCGGCUCCUCUUCGCUUUCCUGUAACAAACACAAAUAUUUUAAAAAACAGUUCAAACACAUGUUACCCAGUUUUAUGAGAGUUACUUCGGCCAUUUUGGUUGUUUUUUUUUCUGUAAUGAUAUCCUUUAUUGUCUCUAUUUUACAAAAACAAAGAAGCAACACUGAUAUAUUGCUUGACCGACGUAACUGAUAACUCGUAGGAAACACGGUAAUUCCAACUACGCUAUUCGCGUUUAUAAAAUCAAUACUCAACCCGCAGAAUCGUAUUUCUACUAACUAUAAAAAUAGUUCUGUCGAGACGAUGCAUCAUCUGUGGUUGCGUUGUAUUUCGGCAUUCCUCGUCUCCGGGAUGAUAAUCGGUGAAAUAAAAUACACGUGGAUGAUUUGUGAUUCCAAGGGAAGGGGUGGUGAGAGCAGGGUGUUUUCCGUUAUUCAAGUAUUUUCAGACGAAAUGCACGAAUUUGAAAAUACACUAUGAACGUUUGCUGUAUAAAUAAUAGAAACAUUGUUCUAAUGCUAAUAUUUGACAAUCAACAAAAUUACCGUGAAUUAAUCGUUACGCAGGUAGCUAAAAAAAAAAUUGUUUAUCGCAGGAGAAACACUCGUCAGUGUAUACUUCUAAUACCCUCAUUGGUCGUACUCAGUGCAAUAAAUACAAGUUCUCGAACUUCUUUUUUUUUUGUUUUACUUUUUUAACAAUAUAAUAAUACCGCCAACGAACCGAGGAAGUUGCAUUCAGUGCAUAGUGGGCGCAACCAAUGUAAAGAAACGCAGAUAGUGUUACAUCGUGAAUGAAACAAGAAACAAGACGUACCGCAACAUGAACUCGACAAGCGCACAGUUCCGGUGAGAUCGAAUGGUGCACAUAAUUUGCACGGAUGAAAGAAAAACCAGUAAUAACAAUACAAGUAGUAGUAAUAAUAAUAAUAAUAAUAAUAGCGAUAAUAAUAAUGAUAAUAAGUGAUAAUAAUAAAAAAAGAAACGAGACGAUUAAUGCCGAUGGUCGAUCACAAAACGCCUUUUAAUACGGCUUUGCAAUUAAAAAGACGUGAAGAACGAAAUGCCAAUGUAUGUGUGUACGGCUGGUGUACAGCGUAUAUCUUAGAAACUAAACAGAAUAAACGAAAAAAAAAAUAAAGAGAAAAAA